AAAUGCUCCGCCACGCGAAACAAAGGUUCCGGGUUACUACAGGCAGGGAUGUAUUUUUCCUGCCUCGAUUGUUAUUGCAGUUUAUAACAAGUAUUCGCAUGAUGAUAUAUUUUUAGAAAUCAACCUAUUAUACUUAUAUUUAUAAAGUAACAUGGCGACGUGUAUUCCUUUUCAAACCCAGCUUACCUCUAUCAUGGAGGUGUUGGUAAAAACAGCUGUGUCAGAAAUUUCUAAACUUGUCGAUGAUAAAUGCGGUUCUUUGCAUAUUGAAAUAUCACGAACACAGAGCGAGAAUGAAAUCCUGAAAAGAAAAUUAUUAGUCAUGGAAAACCAAAAAGCACAAAUGCAUCGGGGAUUUGAAAGCUAUAUUGACAGCGGGACAGACGCUGGGAGCAGCUGCCCGCAUCCCGCCGGAAAUAUCAAGUUUGCCAACGCUGACCAGGAUGCUGCAGCCUUUGCCAUAAAGGAGGAGACUCCAGAUGAAGCAGUAUGGAGAAGAAGAUCUUCAGAUUCUAUAGGGCAUACCAUGCAAUACUCGAACACUUCGGCCGAGGCGCACCUGCUGGACGAGCCCGGCCAGUUGUCCAACGCCGAGUUCACCAAUGAAGGCACCCCGAACCACUUCGCCGUUUCGCACAAUCCAGGCCUGCGGGGAGAGGAGGCAAAGGACCUGCAGCUGACCAUCAAAAUGGAGAAGGAGGAGGGUCACUCUGCGUCGGGUCGGGACAGGUGCCAGCACGGCACCGGCAAACAGAACCCGCUCCCGGGGGACUUCUCGUUGGACGACCGAGAGAACCAGCUGUGGUCGUCCAUCAUCGAAGGCAACGACAUCGACGCCGGCUUCCUGGACUUCUCCAGCGUCGUGGAGGAGUACUCCAGCGCGUUCCCCAACCACCCGGACACGCACGCCUUCCCCGGCGGCCACUGCAAGGCCGGCGCCGGGCCCCCGUCGGCCCCCAAGCCCCCCUGCAAGUCCCCCUACGGCGGAGAGUACCAGAAGGACGCGCCUCCGCCCGCGGCCGCCGCCGCCGCCGCCUUCCAGUCCUCCAGGGGCCCCCCCGACGCACACGCCGCCCCCCCCCCGGGCGACCACGCCGCGUUCCCUCCCAGGAUCCCCGGGCUGGCCCACCCGGCGCACGAACCCUCGGAGCGGGACGCCGACUCGGACCGGACGGCCUUCUCGCCGGACGGCUUCCCCCCCCACCACCCCCACCACCACCAGCACCACCAGCACCACCAGCACCCCUCCGCCGGCGCCGCGCACCACCACAGGGCGGGGUCGGCGUCGGCGGCCGGGGGGGCGACGCGGGGCUACAUCUGCUCGCUGUGCGGCAAGGCCUUCGCCCGGCUGCACCAGUUCAAGCUGCACCAGCAGAGCCACAAGCGGCGGCGCGCCUUCUGGUGCGGCGUGUGCGGCAAGAGCUUCCAGUGCUCGUCGCACCUCAACAUCCACCACCGCACGCACACGGGCGAGAAGCCGUACGGCUGCGGCCAGUGCGGCAAGCGCUUCACGCAGCAGAGCAGCCUGCGCGUGCACCAGCGCACGCACAGCGGCGAGCGACCCUACAGCUGCACGCAGUGCGGCAAGACCUUCAUCCUGCUGCACCACCUCAAGAGGCACCGGAUCAUCCACGCCUACAGCUGAGCGCGCGCGCGCACACACACACACACACACACACGCACACGCACACGCACACACACGUAUACAUACGCACGCACACACACUUACUCUCAUGCACGCACAUUCAUACCAGGACCGGAAUGAGAUGGUGGAGUGGAGUGGCGGGGGGGUUACGGCGACCGCAACGUUAUGACCGUGAAGCGAGAUUGCUCACUUGUUCAUCCGUUCCCUGAUCCCUAUAGAGUGAACUCUGCAGGGCUAUAGACUAUGGAGGGAACAAGGAAGGAAGGGGAAAGGGGGGAACUGGGACACUGACCGCGCUGUGGAGGUCUGUCAGUGGGAUGCGCAUUGGUCCUGUAAACAUGUGUGAGGUCUCACCAGACGGUUGAAUAAUGCAUCAUGGGACAUGGAUAGGCAGGAUUAGUGUAGACUCUGUAGUACACUGUCAGCUGUAGUGUACACAGCUUUUGCGGUGCAUCUUUGGGUAUGAAGUCAGACACUCGAGCAGCGCCACACAUGUUGACAUCUCAGAUAGUGAACGGGUGAGCAAUUUCCUAUAAACAGCCAUUGUGUCGCAUGAUUUGCCUUCAUGGUAUUAUGUCAUUUCCUGAUAUCACAUUAUGGGAACACAUUUCCCCUCUAAAGAGACUUUUGUUUUUUAUCUGUUAUUUAUUUCUCGAAAAUAUGCUGUUCACGUUCCAUUUUUCUGUUGAAAGGUGUAAUAACUACAUUUCCUAGAGACCAAUAGUCAUCAUUAAAACAUCUGACAAUACUACACGUAAGUAUGGCCAUCCCUGGCUCGUGACCUGAUGAUCUGCAUGUUCCAUGUUAAAACCAAUGCUUAAGAUGAUCCCCGAGUUGAUCUGAUCAAGGUUGAGAUUUGUAUAAAAGAGCUUACGAAUGUGUUUUUAUGAAGGGCAUUGCUUUAUGCAAGCCUUUUUUAAAAAAAACUGAUAUUUAAGUUGUGAUGUUUGCUGUCCAUUUGCACAAAGAUGUGCAUGUAUCGUAAAAACUCCAAGCUGAAACCCCAAACGGAAUCCACGAGCAAUGGUGUUCCUAUGAUCACAGGUAGCAAAUAACUUGAAUUAAACAUUUGAAACCCAAA